GGGGGGGGCCGCUGGGUGUGGGGCGGCUCCGGGGCCGGGGAUGGCGGCGGCCGCGGCGGCGGCGGCUCCGGGACGAGCGGGAGGAGUCCAGGGAGCUCCGUGAAAUGGGCCGGCUCCCAAGCCAGACGGGAGGACACUUACUAAAACUGCUCAGAAGUACCGCCAGAAGCUCAGCAGAUGUGGGCACCCCAGCCAGCAGCAGAGAAGGGUGCAGGGAAGCCACAGAGAAGUCCCUUCUGAUGCCCCAAGGAGCAAGCAAACCCCAUCCAGGCUCCGGGAACACCACAAAGCAAUAUGAAACCUGUUCAUGAAAGGAGUCAGGAAUGCCUUCCACCAAAGAAACGAGACCUCCCUGUGACCAGCGAGGAUAUGGGGAGAGCUACCAGCUGCUCCACAAACCACACGCCCUCCAGUGAUGCCUCUGAAUGGUCCCGAGGGGUCGUGGUGACUGGGCAGAGCCAGACGGGAGCCAGAGUCAGCCUCGGGGCUGAUGGAUCUGAGGCCAUCACUGGUCUAACAGUCGAUCAGUAUGGCAUGCUGUAUAAGGUGGCUGUGCCACCUGCCACCUUCUCACCAACUGGCCUCCCAUCUGUUGUGAACAUGAGUCCCUUACCCCCCACGUUUAAUGUAGCAUCUUCACUGAUUCAACAUCCAGGAAUCCACUAUCCCCCAGUCCACUAUGCUCAGCUCCCAUCCACCUCACUGCAGUUUAUUGGGUCUCCUUAUAGCCUUCCUUAUGCUGUGCCACCUAAUUUCCUACCUAGUCCCCUCCUUUCUCCUUCUGCCAACAUUGCCACUACUCACCUUCCACACUUUGUGCCAUAUGCCUCACUCCUAGCCGAGGAAGCUACCCCUCCCCCCCAGGCUGCAUCCCCAGCCUCUUCUGCCACCUCCCCACCCGGCCACUUGCCACAUCACUCGAACGCUCAACCACUGGAUCUUGCUCCAGGCCGGAUGCCCAUUUAUUAUCAAAUGUCUAGGCUACCUGCUGGAUAUACCUUGCAUGAAACUCCAACAGCAGGUGCCAGCCCCGUUCUUACCCCUCAGGAGGGCCAGUCUGCUCUCGAAGCAGCUGCUGCCAAUGGACAGAGACAGCGAGAGCGAAAUGUAGUAAGACGAGAAAGUGAAGCCCUUGAUUCCACCAGCAGCAAGGGUGAAGGUCAAGGACUGGUGCCGGUGGGAGAAGGCAUGGUGGACGGACAGUUGUUUUCAGGUUCUCAGACUCCACGAGUGGAGGUGGCGGCGCCAGCGCACCGAGGGACCCCAGACACCGACCUUGAGGUCCAGCGGGUAGUUGGCACUUUAGCUUCUCAGGACUAUCGUGUGGUGGCAGCUCAGAGGAAAGAGGAAGCCAGCCCUCUUAACCUAUCCCAUCAUACCCUUGACCAUCAGGGUGAGGGACGAGGGUCAGCCAGGAAUCCUACAGAACUGGUGGAGAAAAAUCAGGCCCGUGUGUUCUACCCUCAGUCCCAUCAGGAACCAGUAAAACACAGACCUUUACCCAAAGCAAUGGUUGUAGCCAAUGGCAACCUGGUGCCCACUGGAACUGACCCUAGCCUGCUGCCUGUAGGCUCGGAGAUCCUGGUGGCAUCAAGUCUGGACAUGCAGGCCAGAGCCACCUUCCCAGACAAGGAGCCAACACCACCUCCCGUUACCUCCUCCCACUUGCCCUCCCAUUUCAUGAAAGGCGCCAUCAUUCAGCUAGCUACAGGAGAGCUGAAGCGGGUAGAGGACCUCCAAACCCAGGAUUUUGUGCGCAGUGCCGAAGUGAGUGGGGGGCUGAAGAUUGACUCUAGCACAGUUGUGGACAUUCAGGAGAGCCAGUGGCCUGGAUUUGUUAUGCUGCAUUUUGUGGUUGGUGAACAGCAGAGCAAAGUGAGCAUUGAGGUGCCUCCCGAGCACCCCUUUUUUGUAUAUGGCCAGGGUUGGUCCUCCUGCAGCCCUGGACGGACUGCACAGCUCUUCUCUCUGCCCUGUCAUCGGCUACAGGUGGGAGAUGUCUGCAUCUCUAUCAGUUUACAGAGCCUGAACAGUAACUCAGUUUCUCAGGCCAGCUGUGCUCCCCCAGGCCAGCUGGCUAUACCCCGAGAAAGGCCUGAGAGGACAGUCUUGGGGCCCAGAGAACUAUGUGACAGCGAGGGGAAGAUCCAACCUUCAGGAGAGGGUUCCCGGGUGGGAGAGCCCUCCCAGCCUGAGCCAGGUGCUCAGGCCUGCUGGCCAGCCCCAAGCUUCCAAAGAUACAGCGUGCAAGGGGAGGAGGCACGGGCUGCGCUGCUCCGUCCCUCUUUCAUUCCACAGGAGGUAAAGCUGUCCAUCGAAGGGCGUUCCAAUGCAGGAAAAUGAAUCUCUCUCAGCCCAGGACUGGGGCUUUAUCCCCAGAGGUGAGCCUCACCGUGAGCAGCCAGAGGAUUUGCACAUGCCAAGCAGAGAAUCGUUCUCUUGGCAGUGAGAUUUGAGGCAAAUAGGAGGCAUGAAGAUAGCCUCCCAAAGCAGGAUCUGUUGCUCAUUAAUUACCCCAUGGUAUCCUUUCAGGACAGCCCUAGGGGAUGCUGAGAUGGGGGAAUAGCAGGCUUGGAGCAAGAAAGGGCAGGAGUGCACAUAGGAUAAGAAACAUUCCAAAAUCAGGGCCUCCCUGUUUUUUCCUACUCAGUCCUGGCUCCUGCAAGGGGAAGUACAGGCUUUGGGAGCAGGUGGCAGAGGGAGCAAAGAAAGAGCCAAAAAUGAUCCACAGCUUCUAGUAGCAGUAAGACUGUUUCUUUCUUCUUUCCUCCCCGUCCCUUUCUUGUGGUGGGAGGGCAGGAGGCCCAAUGGUUGAAAAUGAGAAGAUUCCCACCCAGAACUCUUCUUGUAAGAGACGUGCACUUUAAAGGGUGACUUUGUUACAGAUGUUUAUGGCUGGGGUUGGGGUUGGGGAGCACCAUGAUCUACAGAACUCUGCUUGACCCUUUGCUUCUGCCAUUGCCAUCUCACCCCCCAUUCCUCUGUAAGGCUUUCUAGCAGUUUAGGGGCCAAGAGAGAGAGGAGAAAUCCCUUCAGGGCUGAGAAUGAAGGACUGCCUUGCCAGGGACCCAGUUGGGGGCUUUGGGGAAAGACUUGACUGCUAGAUGAUGGGCCCUAGGCGGGGCUUUUGAAAGGUGGCUGACCCAGCAAAACCCCCACUCCAUAUGUCAGGCCUGCUUUGCCAUUUCCCUGAGUCUCUAGUAGUGAUUUUGGAAAGACCUGGAGGACCUUUUCCUCUAGGCACCCACACUCCUCCAUUGUCCGUCUAUGUUGUGCCUAAGUGCCUGCGCUGCCCCCACCCUUCUGCUGCCCUGACCUCUGCAUGGUGUCUUGAUCUGGGCCUCACGUGUAGCUGCACUGCCUUUGUCCACUAAGACCUCUAGUUUGGGGUGUAUAAGGGCCUCUGGUUUCCCUAUCGGCUGUAAUUUUUAUAUUUAGAAACUCAAUCAUGGCCUCUUUCACUGGCAGCACUGUAGUGGAGAAACAAAGAAGAAACCAUGCCCUAAGCUGAGCAUUUCCAUUCUGGUGGUUUUACUUGGCCCCUCCCAUCUCAAUCCAUUGCCUCUCAGCAUUUUGGCAUCUCCACACUGCCCUUCUUCCACUGUCAGCUCUGGAAGUCUAGGAUAGCCCUUGUAACAGCUUAGCGGAUGUUUCCUUGUGUGGUGGGGGUUCUUCUACAAAGAGUAUUUUCUGUCUUGGUUGUGUUUGCUGCCAUCCCCCCUUAAACCCACAUCUCACUUUCAACUUGUAGUGUCAGCUUGGACUGUAGAAUUCUACUGGGUAUUAAGAUGUAGACUCCCCCACCAACUUUCAGGUGGUUGAGUAUUUUUUGUGUGGAUUUUUUUUUUAAAGGGGGAGUGUGUGGUUCUUUAGACUCUUGAAGGCAACUCAGGGUAUUGUCCACCCAGCUCUCUAGUUAGACUUCUCCUAGAGUAUAUGAUUGUGGCAUUUCCUUCAUAGAUAGACUUGGAGCGGUCAAGACAUGGCCUGUCAUCAGGAGUCCCACACUUCUGAGGUAUGAGCAAAACUUAAGGCAAGUCUUGUGAUCUCUCACUCUUUCACUUCCUCCCCAGCUGCCAAAUGGGGAUAAAUAAUCUUACCUACCUCCUGGGGGGAGGGGAAGUUCUGAGAAUGGAGUCAUUCUUGGUGUUCAGGUGCUAAAGGUUCUCUUCGGGAAUAGAGUGACAGAAGCUGGCUGGCGGGCCACAGGCCCUACAUUUUCUUUCGGACCUUGAGAGCAGAUAACCUGGUCAGCGAGCUUUUAGGAGAACAUCCAAAGGAAGCUGCUUAACUUCAGCUGACAAGUCCUUAAGGCUGGGAGUUUUGUCAGAGUCAGACACCAACCUUGUGCUGUGGUGGAGAUCACAUUCUUUCCCCUCUCUUGCCCCCAUUCCCUGAUUGCUGCUUCUCUGGCUUAUUUCCUACAGUGGGGGCCUGUGGGGUUGAGUCUUGAGGAAUUCUCUCAAAUGAGAGCUGUAGGAGAAGGCCUCCUCUCUGAUUGUUUCGUGAGCAACUCAUUCCUAGGGAUUAAUGUCUGCAUGGAUUUCUUGAAAGCCCCCUUUCUCACACGAAGGUUUAUCUGGGAAUUUAGUGACAUGCACUGUAGAUGCUCAAGAAAUGUCUCCCAAGGAUACCACUGAGCUGCUUCCUAACGGGGCCAACGUGCAUCUGGUUGUAGUGGAAGUCAAGUCUCUCUACUCAGACUAGUUGUAGCUCUCUAGCCUGGUAAUGCCCGCUGGAUCCUGGAAAAAGGAAUUGUUGAAGACUGCCAAGUUGGGCCCUGACCUUUCUGCUGUGGUUCCUUUUUUAUCCCUGUCUGAUAAAAGUAAUAACAGCAACUCCCUCAAUAUGGUGCCGUGCAUUCGUAACACGCUUUUGCUGAGCUGAGGGCCCCCUUUCCUGAAGUGUGCACCCCUAGAAAAGAAUGCUUGUCAGAGCUGUGGCAGUGCUUACCCUAAGUGUGUAAGAGACAUGAGUGGUUUUUAGAGUGAGCAUUUCAGUGGUUAGCUGUCAGCUUUUGGGGACUGGGCAGUUGACAAAGAUCAGCCUGUUCCCAGUCAGUGAUAGGACAUUCCCAGACCUUGGAGAAAGUACCGAAACUGAACGGAAAUACAGAUGUCAAUUUAGAAGAAGGGAAACUUGGUAAAGGAUGUUUGGUAAUCUAAGAUCAUCCUUAUCAAGAUAGUGGGGAAGGGGCUUGGGCCCUCAGAGGUGAGGGAGGAGCCUGAGAAGAGCUAGACUGACCCCACUUUACACUUAGGGUCCCAUUUGGUCCUAACACCAUGGGCUUUGCUCCGUGCUGCUCUGGUCACUGCUAUUGUCUGCUCACUGUCCUGCCUGUUGCCCAUUUAGCUCCUGUCCUUCUUGUCUUUGGCCAUGUAGACUAAGCUCAGACAACCUGUCCAUUCUAACCUGUGUUCUACCAGUGUUUCUGCGCAGCACAGUCAUGUUAGACAGGGAUGGCUGCGUGCUGUUGAUGGGCUAGUAGAUCUGGAAGGAUGCGGUUUCGUGCUGUCAGAAGCCCGUCGGUCCUACUAGAGACUGUCUUUUCUCUCUUAUGGUACUUUGUAGCAUGUUUCAAGACGAGAACCAACCACGUUAGGAUGCCAGGAUCCUAAUGGCAUUCCUCUAGCCCCAUGUUCUGGGGUUGAGAAAGAGUUUGAAGUUUGGCUGAAAUAGCUCUUCCAUUUGGGUUUAAUUUUCUUUUUGCCAGUGGGUAUCCUAGGCAUUUUAAGAGACGAACAGGAUGGUGGCAUGAUUUAAACCUGCAUUAGAGUAGGCAUAUUGAGUGGUUACACUGGCACAAGCUGAAGGACAUUGGGGAAGGCUGGCCUUUGGAGUAAAGAUAACCAGAUUCAUUGAAUUGGCCAUGGGAGAUUAGGCCAAGUCCUAGAAGCAAACAGGACAGAGGCCAAGUUUUAGAGAGGUGUGUUGACCUCCUAGGAUUAAGUUUACUAAACUACACUGAAGCUAUAGUACUUUCUAGAUCAGAAAAGUUGUACACUACAGUUGAGCUGAAUUCUACUAUAGAUGGAUGUUAGCCUUUGCUUGGAAGCCUUCACCUUCUAGCUUCCCCAGGGUUGGAAAGUCUCCCACAUUAUGCAAUAAUAAAAUAAGCAUCUGGGUCUUUGCAGCUGUCAGUUUUUUUCAACUCUAGGAUCAAUCUUUGGACCUAAAGCCUGGUCUGGGCCUAGGAGGAUAUUGGCCCUUGAUUCUAGAGUUGGUUGCAUUCUCUCCUUACCUGCAGACUAUGCACAGUUCCUGGGACAGAGGGAGAAGUGGUAUGGCUUGCCCUGUUGAGCCUCCUCAACAGGAAUAAUAGUAAUAAAUGCACUUUUCACAUUAAAGGUUUCUUUAUAAGUUCUCCUGUUAAGCCUAGGCUCUUCCCCUAGUAGGUUGCAAAUUCAACAUUCUGUGUGAUCCCAAAGCCAUCCACUGCAAACGCUUAGCAGUAAAGAUGGCCCCAGACUGGGUUCCUGUCUGCAAUGUGUGUGGCAGCAGCCCAUGUGCCUUUACCUAAUGUCAGACUUGGAAGCGUUUAGUCUGUCUUUAUGUUAGGGGGUCUUAGGUACUUCAGAGAGAGAGAGAGAGAGUGAGAACAGAUAACACAGUGGUUUUAUGCCCACCUCACCCCCUGCCAGGGACUUUGUGUGUAGUUGUAAACUGUGAGGUUUGGUGAGCUGCUGAUAAUUGCUGAAGGCAGGGUGGACCCCUCGUUUGCUUCAUGUGUGCACUCAGUGAAUCAGAAUGGGGAAGAGACUGACCGUACUCAUGGCUAACUUGAAGUAUUAAAAUACGGCUGUCCUCUACACACUUCCUAGUCACACAGGAUCCCUGUAGCCAAAACAGUAUAUGUUCCAGCUGCAGAGAGCAGACUGCUCUCAGCUUGCACAGCACCUUAGGGGAGGGAAGAAUAUAUGGAUAGGUGAUAGGGGUGGAGAACAGAUGGGGAUUUUGUCAUCCAGGUGGCUUUAGGGUCCUAAGGAAUAGAGAAGGAUGGCACUGGGGAAGUCUGGAUGGAUCUGAUUCAUGUAGGAGUUCCCUGUAGAUAAAUUACUGAUCCCCCAACCACUAUCCCCAGUAUGUAAUGGCUGAAUUAAUAUGUAAUCAACUGCAUUGUAUCUAAAGCCUUAGAACUAGUCAGGUGCUCCUCCCACCCAAUACCAUUUCUUACCCUCUAAUCCUACCUGAUCUUUAACAAAGCAUUAAUAAUUCUAAGGAUAAUCUCUAUUUUGUUGUGCUUUUUUGUAACUGUUUUAAAUAAAUCAAUUUGUACUGUAUAUUUGUACUUUUGUGAGAUCCUUUUUGCUGUUUUACCAUUUUAAGUCUCUGUACUUGGCUACACACAGAUUGUAUUUUUAUUGUUAAUGCUCUUCUUAUGGAUACCUGCAUUUAACUUGUGGACUAUGUAAACACAAUAUAUAUCAAUAUCUAUAUAUCUAUAUAUCGAUCUAUAUAAACUA